CCCGGUUUCUUCUAAUGUAGGUAAUUUGUUUUGGUCGUAUCGAUCACAAAUCUAGUUGCGAAUACAAGAUUUUCGCCCCGUGGUUCGAUAUAGUACUAUGUAGACCUUCUUGCAUCCCCCACGCGUUCGCAUGAUUCGAACCGAGGGUCACAUCCUGCUAACCAAGGUAACGAGAAGCCGAAGAACAUCACUGUCGAGAAUAUCUGUUUCAGAGAAGAGGCUCCAAACCAGUCGUGAUAGCAUAUUAGAUCCAUACCACUCUUCGAAACAUCCCAAUACGACACUUCACUACGACUAAACUCUAAAGUCAUGGCGCCGACAGAGACAGAACCGCCGGCAACGCCGGUUUUCCUGAGACUAUCGUAUCCGGCACCGCGUGUGCUCCUGAUACGAAUGGAUCGCCCAAAAGACUUGAAUGCAAUGUCUACGGCGGCUCAAUGGGAGAUGGAUUCCGUCUGGAAAUGGUUCGAUCUCGAGCCUCGCCUGAGCGUGGCAAUCAUCACGGGAACCGGCCGUGCUUUCUCGGCGGGAGCAGACUUAAAGGAAUGGAACAAUUCCAUGUCGGAUAAUGCAGACCCAAAGAAUCGUAUGGGCAACGCACCGGCUUUUAAACCAUUGAGUCGUCGACUCGGAAAGAAACCCGUGAUCGCGGCAGUAAACGGGUUGGCAAUGGGUGGCGGAUGCGAGUUUGUCAUCAACUGCGACCUCGUCGUCGCCGCCGAAGACGCCUACUUUGCGCUUCCAGAGGUGAAGAGAGGGAUAGCUGCAAUCGGCGGUGCGCUGCCGCGACUAAUCAGGACUGUCGGGUUACAGAGGGCAUCAGAAUUCGCACUUACCGGCCGGAACGCCACGGCACAGGAGAUGUUCCAAUGGGGCAUCGUCAACAAGGUGGUGCCGAAAGAGCGCGUGGUAGAGGAGGCUAUCAAGUAUGCCGAGCUUAUCGCGAAGAAUAGCCCAGACGCCAUAAUAUGCACACGUGCCGGCCUGAGGCAAGGAUGGGAGACGGCCAGCGUGGAACGAGCCGUGGAGUGGACGCUGGAAAAGGAAUUUGCUGAGCUACAGAGGGGAGAGAACAUGUUGGAGGGCCUAAAAGCGUUUUCCGAGAAGAGAGAACCUCAGUGGAAGGGAAGCAAGCUUUAAGUUAUCCCGCCGCGUUGCUUGAGCCAGGAUGUAGCUUCAAACGAGUUUAGUUACGAGUCAGACAGAUAGAGAAUUCCCGGAACCGAUCUGCACGAGGAUGCAGAAGUAUUCUGGAAGCAUGGUAUGCGAAGAUCAGGGGAAACGAUGGGUUGUAGAUGCUGUGUUCGUAAAGCACGUCUGAUUUCGUACAUGACACCCACGUCAAGUAUAGCAUCAUCUACAUAAUUAUAGCACUCAAGCAAUGAUCAUACUACAAUUUCAUUCAAGUAUAUAUAAAUGACAGCAGUUACAAUUCCUAGAAACUUGUUGAAGGUUCAAUAUAUUCCAAAUG